AUGCAACACAAUCAUCACAACGAAUUCGAACCAGAAUACGAUGAGAUCUUCGGCCCAGCCAAAAUACCCACUUCCUCUAAUGGUCAAGGACUUAUAACCUCACGUUCCACACAGAGGUGGGAUCUGGACAGUUUAACCAAAUCAUCUGGAAAUCUUAUAACCAAAGCUUCAGAUAUAGGUAUGAAAGCUUUGAUAUUAGGUACGGAAUACGCUACGAGAGCUUCCAGAUCCCAUUUAUUUAGAUCAGCUACUACCGUGCUAAAUGAUACUUAUUCAUCACUUUUUAACGGUAGUCCUACGGAUCCUAGCGAUGGUGUGUUCACAUCACCGUAUAUGGAAGGAAGGGAAAUACCAAUAACAUUUGAUGAUCGGACUAUUGAUUUGCUUUAUCCAGAUACCAAUAAAAUCUCAAAACUUAGAAGACCAUAUGAUCCAAUUACGAAUACCUUCACAGACUCGGAUAUGGUUGAUGAGAAGGUGGGUGAAUGGAUGAUAUAUAAACUUGAUCCAUCACGAUAUAAAUAUACCAAACGAUCUGAGAGAUUCAAGUAUCAAUUGGUGGCUUUACCUAGAAUCGUGAUUUACUCGGACUGUUCAUGUGGGAAGGAAAGUUUACUUAGAAGCUUGAAUGAUACGGCUGGAGAAAGAGAUGAAGAAGCUAAAGAGUAUUUGAGGGGAGAUAGAUGGUAUUGGUCCAUGGAGACUGGAGAGGGGAAAUACAAGCUAGCAAGGAUGAAACAUACUUUGGAUGAAUUGACAAGUCGAAACAGAAGGAAGGAUGAUGGAUUUGAGGUUGCAUAUGUCCAAAAUGAUCAAGAGCAAGUACAAGGGUUUUUGAAUACGCUUGAAAAAGCGAAGAUGAAAUCAACGACUCGAUCGAUUUCACAUGAUAAUAGGAUAGAAAAUCCUACAGCAGAGAAGACGAAGGAUAAAUCUAGUUCGCCGUUCUCACCUAGAGCUAGUAGGUUUCUGGCUGGGGAGAAAGAGGGCGAGUUGAUUGAUUGA